AUGGCCGCCAAGGCGCUCCCUACCCACCUCCGCGCCCCCGCGAACGAUGGCUCUUCUGGCUCGUUCGAGGGCAAGCACCACGGAAAGUCCCAGUCGCACAUGGCCGCCUCCCACCAGGCGUUCGAGAAUGCUUCUACGAGUGUCGCCGCCUCACAGAUGCGCAAUGCGUUGAAUGCGCUUGCCGACUCUGUGACCGACAGCAACGAGAAGAAGCGCUUCGAGGCUGAGAUGGACAAUUUCUUUGCUCUGUUCCGCCGUUUCCUCAACGACAAGGCCAAGCACAACGUUGUGGGCUACGACGAGCUCGGUGCUGACGCCUCGGUUGAGUUCCUGAACAAGCUGGCCGUGGUUAAGCUGAACGGUGGUCUGGGAACCUCCAUGGGUUGUGUUGGUCCCAAGUCUGUGAUCGAGGUCCGCGAGGGCAUGUCCUUCCUGGAUCUGUCCGUCCGCCAGAUCGAGCACCUCAACCGCACCUUCAACGUCAACGUUCCCUUCGUCCUCAUGAACUCCUUCAACACCGAUCAGGACACCCAGUCCAUCAUUAAGAAGUACGAGGGCCACAAUGUUGAUAUCAUCACUUUCAACCAGUCCCGCUACCCCCGUAUCAUCAAGGACUCCCUCCUGCCCGCCCCCAAGAGCUUCGAUGCUCCCCUUCAGGACUGGUACCCCCCUGGCCACGGUGACGUCUUUGAGUCUCUUUACAACUCCGGCACUCUCGACAAGCUGAUCGAGCGUGGCAUCGAGUACAUCUUCCUGUCCAAUGCCGACAACCUGGGCGCCGUGGUGGAUCUGCGCAUUCUGCAGCACAUGGUUGACUCCAACGCCGAGUACAUCAUGGAGCUGACGGACAAGACCAAGGCUGAUGUCAAGGGUGGUACCAUCAUCGACUACGAUGGCAAGGUCCGCCUGCUGGAGAUUGCCCAGGUGCCCAAGGAGCACGUCAAUGAGUUCAAGUCCAUCAAGAAGUUCAAGUACUUCAACACCAACAACAUCUGGAUGAACGUCCGCGCCAUCAAGCGUGUUGUCGAGGAGAACGAGCUGGAGAUGGAGAUCAUCGCCAACGAGAAGUCCAUUCCCGCUGACAAGAAGGGUGAGGCCGACCAGGCCAUCUACCAGCUGGAGACCGCCGUUGGUGCGGCCAUCCGCCACUUCAAGAACGCCCACGGUGUCAACGUGCCCCGUCGCCGCUUCCUCCCCGUCAAGACCUGCUCCGAUCUCAUGGUCGUCAAGUCUGAUCUGUACCGCCUGGAGCACGGCCAGCUGGUCAUGGACCCCAACCGCUUUGGCGGUGUCCCCGUCAUCAAGCUCGGUUCGGACUUCAAGAAGGUCUCCGACUUCCAGAAGCGCAUUCCUUCCAUCCCGCGCAUUGUCGAGCUCGACCACCUCACCAUCACCGGUGCUGUCAACCUCGGCCGCAACGUUACCCUUAAGGGCACCGUCAUUAUUGUUGCUACCGAGACCAGCACCAUUGAUAUCCCCCCUGGCUCCGUGCUGGAGAACUGCGUUGUGCAGGGCAGCCUGAGAAUCCUGGAGCACUAG